AUGGCUGAACAAUCCAACGAGCAGGUAAUGAUUCAGGCCCAGGACCUUUGCAAGUUCUAUGGCCCGUUUGCUGCCAUCAAAGACGUGACGUUUUCUGUUCCCAGAUGCCAAGUCUGUGCAUUCCUGGGCCCCAACGGCGCAGGGAAGUCGACCACGAUGAAAUUGCUGACUGGCUUCCUGGCGCCAACGAGUGGAAUCGUCAAGAUCGCCGGCUACGACAUGUCAGAAGACCGCAUUGAAGCCAGCGAACACAUUGGCUACUUGCCAGAAAACGGCCCGCUUUACGACGAGAUGACGCCAAGAGGCGCGCUUAAGUAUCUCGCCGGAGCACGUGGGCUAUCGGGGAGCAAGCGAAGAGAACGAAUGGAGUAUGUUGCAGAGAAAUGCAAUUUGCAGGAAGUCUGGAGUAAACCAAUCAGCAAGUUGUCACGCGGCUUUCGCCAGCGAGUCGGCAUGGCUCAGGCACUACUGCACGAUCCUGAUGUCUUGAUCCUGGACGAACCGACCAGUGGCCUCGAUCCGAAUCAACUCGUCGGAAUCCGCGAGCUGAUUCGUGAUCUGGGCGAAAGCAAGACUGUUCUACUGUCGACUCACGUUCUGCAGGAAGUCGAAAUGCUUUGCAGCCGCGUGAUCCUGAUAGACGAAGGCAAAAUUGUGUUCGACGACGACAUUUCAGCGAUGGGCAAUCGAGACUCGAUGGCCAAUCGCUUCCACGAGCUUACCAAAUUUGCCGUUUGA